CAAGACCUACACAGUAUGCUAAACAGAUGAGACACAGGAAGUUGAUCUCGAGCCUCCUGCAACCGCCUGCGGACGAUUCGCCUGACCUACUCGUAGAGUUCUACCAGCCGAUCCCCUGCCGAUCCUGGCCCUCACUGGCGCAGAGAAGUCAACAGUGUGAACACCGGGUGGGCGAAACAGCUGCGUCGGACUAGCAAACGUGCCUCAGCCCUCAAGAUUGACUCUACUACAAGAUUUGAACUGGGCGUCCGACAGGGACUCAUGAACAAUGGACUUCCUGACAAUGCCAAAAGAGACUCCGCUUGCAGCUGAGCAGGUCCAAGACCUCAACUGCCCAUCUGUUCGCCACAGCCCUUAAAUCCCCCGAGUCCGUCUUGUCCCUUAUUGUUGCAAAAUUGUCAGGAGUGCCACCUUUCCGAGCGCCAACAUCAAAAAUCCUGGUGUUAUGACGGCGCAGAUGACCAGCGUGCCUGCAACAAUUAUUGCCAUCGCGGGCGGAUGAUUCUGGAACCGUGUAUAUGCGCCAUAAGUGUUCUUGGGCCAGGAACUUUCAAGAGUCGUGAUAGGUACCGCAUACUCGAAGUUACGGCUCGAUAUCCGACAAUCUUGUCCCAAACAACCCAUGUCAUUAAUCAGAUUCCUUACUAUUAAAUGUGCCGCCAUACUCUGGAUAAUAGUUGCUGAUCCUACAGUCAGAAGAUGACACUCCUGGCUCCCAUACUCUUCUGCUUUGGGCACGACAAAAGAGAGAGAUGUCCAGAAACGGAUAUACCGUGGUCCAAUGUGAUUGAAACGGUGCGCUCAUAGCACAGCCGCGCCCCAUUGAUAUGUACGAGCAGCAUACCUUUUUGGGAGUAGUGGCUGACUCAGGUCAACCGUCACCACCAUCUGCAAGGCUGCAAAGAAACCUGCCUUCGCUCCCGGACCGCUACUUCUGCAUAUCUACUCACUGCAUACCUACUCGAGCCUGACUUAUGUCGACCUAGAAGUUCAGAGAAAGGCAGUACCUCGUAUACUCUGUCGGCAUGGUAUAUCGUGGAAGACCGAGUCCCAAUUGUGAACGUUGCCGGGCAAGGAGACUGAAGUGUGACCAAGCGACGCCCUCGUGCUCUCAGUGUAUUCGUGUGGGUGUCGUAUGUGUCGGUUACAGGGAUCUCAAAUCUCUUGUGAUUCGCAAUGAGAGCACUGAAGUGGCCCGCAAGGCCCAGCUUAAACGAGCCAAAGAGCUGGACCGCGAUCCGAAGUCCAGCGCAUGCCGUUCCAGAUCAGCGCCUACGGCUGGACUAUUGGUCCCCCUGGUCCAACAACCUUCGAUCCCGAUGCGCGAGCACGCAAUUUGCUUUGCACAGCAGAGUUAUCUGGACACGUGGCUAUGGCCGUCAACAUUAGACUUGGACAUCGCGGCCAAUGCUGCUGCAUCAUCUUCAGUUACCGCCCUUGGACUUGCUAUUCUAGCCAACACCAAAUUGAGUCCACCUCUGAUGAUGGCGGCUCGGGAGGAGUAUACGGCGGCUUUGCGAUCGACAAACAUAGCACUCCAAGACCCAUUAUUGUCUAAAUCAGACCUCACUUUGAUGGCUGUCAUGUUUCUGGGAAUGUUUGAGGUGGUCACAUGUACUGGACUAAAUUCAAUACUCCAGUGGAGAAAACACAUCGACGGCGCAGUCAAGCUACUUGAGUGGCGGGGAGCAGAACAAUUGAGAAGCCGUCGGGGCUUGCACCUAUUCAGACAGAUGCGCGCCCAGAUAUUGAUACAUAAUAUCUUUGGAGAGAGCCCUACAUCUCCUGUCCUGAGACAACUAUCACAGCAAGCAUGUGCUCUCGAGGAUGGCCUCUCCCGAUUCGGCGACCAUUUGGCCAAUAUCAACAUACAGUUGACCAAACUGUGCGCGGAUAUGAAGCAAGGAACUAUGACCGACCCCAGAGCGAUCAUUAGAGCGGCCUUAGCACUGGAUGCGGAGCUCGCCUCUUGGGCCGUGGGUAUGCCCUCGUCGUUGAUGUAUACUAAAUUCUUCACCACAGGCAGAUGGGGGACGACCACGACAUAUGGACCAUACACAUCCCACUACUAUGUCUACCAGGAUCUCUUCGCUAGUAACCUGUGGGGCAACUGGCGAGGUGCGCGAUUUGUCAUCCACGAAAUCAUCAUGCAACAUCUCGACUAUUUGCAAAAGGAGCAGCAUGCCCGCAACCUCGCCGACAACUCCCGCAACCAUGUCAAGGUUGCACGGCACAGUGAAAUCAUCCUCAGAGAUUUGACGGCCGACAUCUGCGCUAGCGUACCGUACCACUUCGCCGUCGCCAACGAAUGGACGGCAGCUGAUGGAAUCAGUCGCGAGAACAAGGUUCUAGCUGCUGGCUACAGCCUUUUGUGGCCUCUGUUUCUGGUUGCUUGCUGCCGCUUCUCCACCCCGGAUCUCAAGCGCUGGAUUAUCUUGUCUCUCGACAAAAUCGGACACGAGAUGGGCAUCAGCCAGGCACUGGCGAUAACCCAGCUGUUGCUCCGAGGAAUGGGACCUCGCACUUGGAACCAGCCGGAGUCGGAGGUGGCGGGUGUCCUUACGGCGUCAGAGGCUGAUCCGGACAUCUUGUCGGGCUCCAUCAUCCGACAGGAGAAUAACGCAGAAUUGGACAAGCCGCGAAUAAUCUGCUGGGACACCGGAACUGGACUCUGAUUGCCCACUAGCGAAAUGCUAGCCGGCUGCAAGGGUGGUCAACCCGUUGUGUAACACGACAUUGUUCAAGCCGGGAAGACACUAGACUCGAAGGAUCUUGCGAGGUAAAACCUGAUUAACAGAGCAAAUGGCCUGCGAGGCGGCGUCCAGCAGCGGUGAACGGGUUCUAUACCUCUGGUUCGUCGUCGGCUUCUCCCCCGUCCGGAUCGAGCAGUCGAAGCUGAACUUCGGAGGUGUCCUUGGAUUCGUCUGCCUUUCUCUUGAGGAUCCACGCCUUCAGUCGUGGGCGAACUCGCCGGAACGUGAAAACGCACAGAACAACCGCCACGGCCAAAACAAGCAAAAGCGAGAUGACGACCACCCAAGGGUUGAUGCCCUUCAAGCAGCACCCGUACAUGGCCAUGUACCAAUGCACCAGCGUCUUCAUGAGGAUCGGCUUCUCCUUCCCGUCAGGCAUCAGCCCUUUUCUCACCAGGUGCUUGAACUUGGGCCCGUUUGGCCCGUUGUUGUACUUCUUGAGCCCGAAGUACGGGACGGUCUCCUGGCGAGGGUCCGAGUCGGGAUACUGUUUGUCGCCCCAGUGCCCGUUGAAGUCCAGCCAGUCGGUUGGGUCUGUUGCGCCCGGGUCUGCCGCGGCGAAGGUCUCUGUUUGAGGGUCGUAGUGGUAGAAGUAGGCCAGCUUGACGGGAUCCCACAUCCGGCCCUUGUCUGCGAUGUCGAUGAGCGCUUCGUCGUGGACAUGGCUUCCCGCCGAGGGGUAGUUAGCGUGCGACCCGCGGGCGCUGAAGACGACCGGUCUCUCUCCUUGCUUGGACAGGCACGCCCCGUCUUCCCAAGCGCAAGCCUCGCCGCUGGUGUGAUGGCUGAAGUAGACGCCCGUCGGCUUCCCGUCCUCGAACCGGACCAUGUUGUGC